UCGGUGGAAGACAUGGAGCGGAACAAAAAGAAAAAGGGGUGUGUUGAGUAUCACCAGCCUCGCAGGACUCCAGCGACGACCAGCCAGCCAGUGUCUGGUGUAUGUGCACGCGCGCGUGCGUGCGCGUAUGUGUGUGUGUGUGUGUGUGUGUGGACCAGCAGCAGCAGCCAACACACACUUAACAUUCGUUCGCAACAUGGCGUUGGAGCGCCGAGAGACACGACGGCCGAGCAGCGCAGCCGCAUUGUGAGGAAAGCCACGGCACUACUGACCAAAAGAGAGCGAAACACUCUUAAAGACUGUUUUACGCACCGGAGGAGACAAUAGCGCAUUCCGGUGUAUGCAUGUCGUUCUAACGGUAUUGAGCUGAUUGUAUAGACGCACGCUGCUACCCCACUGGUGGAAAUCAAAGACUGUACAUGGCGGUGGAGAGUACAAUCUGGCUGUUGUGUCUUCUUUCGCUGUUCUGUGGUCCAUCCAAGCAAGAAAAGCCUGUUUCGGUGGAGCUGAGCUGUGGAGCUGGGCCCAGCCAUGUAGUAUUGGAGCCAGGUUUGCCCCUAUUGCUGGAUUGCAAUCUUGGGGCCAGCGAGACACCUUUUAAUGUCACCUGGCUUCAGGAUGGCCAGAUCCUGCCUCUGGAGGGGGAAUACCUGCAGUAUUUGGGCAAUGGAUCCCUUCUCUUGCUGCCGUCUUCCCACGAUGGCCACCCUGCCCAAGACGUGGAGGGGGGCUAUAGCUGCGUGAGUGCCAGCACCCAUGGAGCCCUCACCAGCCGGACUGUGAAUGUACUUAUGGCAAGUCUGUCUAAGUUCCACCAAGAACCAUCAGCCCAAACGGCGCCUGCUGGGGGAGCUGCCCGCUUCGAGUGCCAGAUUGAGGGAAUACCUACACCUGUGAUUACCUGGGAAAAGGAUAAACUAGCUGUCCCUGAAGAGACAAGGUUCAUUUCCCUUCCUAACGGGGUGCUCCAGAUCCUUGAGGUGACCAAGGAGGAUGAGGGUGCCUACCGCUGUGUCGUGUCUAACUCUGCCAGGAAGGACGUCAGUCAUGAAGCCAGACUUACUGUCACCACAGGCUCUACUGAAGCCCUGAACAGAGUUGUAAUUGUUGCACCACCUCAGAAUGCCACUGUGGUGCUCGGCCGCCCUGCAGUGAUGGAGUGUAUGGCACAAGGCCAACCUAAACCACUGGUGUCCUGGAGUAGACAAGAUGGAAAAUCCAUUUCCACCGAUGUGGUUGUCCUUGCAACAAACCUGGUGAUUAGGGACACAAGGCGUCACCACGCCGGCGUCUAUGUCUGUCGCGCCAAUAAACCCAAGACCAGGGAGUUUGUCAUUGCUGCUGCUGAGCUGCAUGUGCCUGCCCCUCCGGUGAUUCUCCAGCCUCCUGAAACGGUGUCCCUCUCCCGGGGAAACACAGCCAGGUUUGUGUGCAACAGCUCUGGGGAGCCUCCUCCUGUGUUGCAUUGGCUGAAGAAUGGUCAACUCAUCAAACCAUUCAGGCGAGUUAAGACCCAAAGCCCUGGAGUCCUGCUCAUUAACCAGCUGGCACUGGAGGAUGCAGGCUAUUACCAAUGUAUAGCAGACAACGGACUGGGCACGGCCUGUGCCACCGCUAUGCUGACAGUCAUUGUGAGGGAAGGUCUCCCUAGCCCUCCUCGUCAUCUGUCUGCUACACCGUACUCCAGCACAACUGCCCUGCUCACCUGGGAGAAACCCGAGUUCAACUCAGACCAAAUCAUUGGCUACUCUGUCCACUGCCAGCGUGUUGCAGGAUCAGAUAAUGUGGAGUACCAGUUCGCAAUGAACAAUGACACCACCGAAUAUCACGUCAGAGACCUUCUACCCCAUACUGCCUACACAUUUUUCGCGGUGGCUUAUUCUCCCAUGGGUGCCAGUCGUCCAUCCCAGCCUGUCACUGUAGAGAUGCUGGAGGAUGUACCCAGUGCACCUCCUCAGCUCUCUAUAGCUAGCACCUCCCCGACAGACAUCAGGCUAAUGUGGCAUCCGCUCUCAUCACAAUACAGUCGAGGAGCUGUGACCCGCUAUCGCAUUGAGUACAGCUCUCUGGAUGAUGUGGACACUGUUUUCUCUGUGGAAGUGGGUGGUAAUGAGACUCAGUUUACACUGAGAGAGCUGCAACCUAACCAGGCCUACCGCCUGAGGAUUGCAGCAGGAACAGGCAUUGGCUUUGGAGUCCCGUCAGAGUGGGCCCAACACCAAACAUUAGCCCACUACAACCACAGUGACCAUAGCAUGGUCAUUUUUGCCCCUACCGAGCUAAAAGUCAGAGCCAGAGUGAACACACUCAAUGUGACAUGGCAUCCCUCACCCAAUCACACACUGGUGUCUGGUUACAAGUUGUCCUGUCGAGAGGCUGACGCUGAGGAGUCGGCCAAUGGAGAAAGGACGACACAAACCCACACCAUCAGGCUCCGUAAGAAGGAUAGGUAUCAUCUGCUCACUGGACUAGUCUCUGACCGGCAAUAUGAGGUGAGGGUUUGGGCAUUCAAUAAGCAGAUAGAUGGAGCAGCUGCAGUGUGGAAGGGAAGAACAGAGAAGGGCCAAGAAAAAGCAUCAUCACCCCCAGUGCACUUCCCUCCACCUUUGCCACCGAGCAGCAUUCAAGCCAAAGCCAACAGUUCCACUUCCAUUUGGCUGCGCUGGGAGAAACCACGGUUCAGCAACACACGCAUCAUCAACUACACAGUGCGCUGCAGCCCAGCAGGAACCACCAACGCCUCCCUGGUCUCCUAUCACACCAGUCCUGCUCAGGAGAUACUGCUCAGGGUGUUGAAGCCAUUCACCCGUUAUGAGUUGGCGGUGCAGUCUAAUGGAGUGGAUGUGGUGGGACCGUUCAGUGGCACUGUGGAGGAGUCGACUUUGUCUGACCGGCCCUCCUCACCUCCAGAGGAGCUGCAGCUGAGUGCUCUUGACUCCUCCUCUGUGCUGGUGAGCUGGCGCCCCCCCCUGGAGCCUAAUGGUAUCAUUACCAGCUACAUGAUCUUGUACAGUGGCAAUCUCAGCCAGCCGGAGCACAUAUGGAAAAAUCUCUCUCAGGAUGGGAGCAUUACAAGUGUUGAGAUCCAGGGUCUGUCCAGUGGCACCCAUUACUUUUUUAAGUUGGGAGCAUCUACAGAGAUGGGGUCAGGACCUUACUCACCUGUAAAGGAUGUUCACACUCCCCUUCAGAAAUAUGAGCUGGACAUCCACACAGUGAUAGGCAUCAUAGUCGGCGUAUGUCUGGGACUGAUAUGCAUCCUCCUCUGCAUGUGCUUCAGCUUUCGUAAUGGCAAACCCAGGGAGAUCUCUGGGGGCUUGGAAUCCACAGCUGUGACCCCUCAGUACAGGAGAGGCGGCUGCUCCACACCCUCCGACUUGCCAGAGUGCAGCGAUAGCCACGAGCUGGAAACCCUGAUGCCCCCCGGCAGCCAAGAGUCUGGUCAGCUGUUAGCAGAGGCCCCAGAGGAACAGAGCCUGAUGGCAAGUGCUAAUCCAGGGGAAGGGGAGGAUGACUUCGCACCUGAGACCAAGGUGGCUUGGAACGGCUCUGUGAGUCAUAAUUGGGCCAAUAGAAUCACUAGAUACAGAGACACCAUAACAGAAGAUUGUCCAAUACUCAUUAAUGGAACUGUCAACAUGCUUAUUACUGAUAACAACACGGGCUUGGACGGUCAUCUGUGUACAUCUCCGUGCAGUAACCAGGUCGAGGCAGAAGUCAUAGUUCACUCAGAGCUGUCAGAUCCCGGGAGGGAGAAAGAAGAGGAGAGCGACGAGAGGGAGAGGGAUUCUACCACUACCGGGGGAGCCUUGUUAUCAGAGGACACAUAUUCCCCUUUGAGCCAGCCAAGUCUGCCAGGAGAGAAGGAGCCUCUAGAAAAACUGUCGCUGGCCCAAAGACCCUCAAGUUUAUCGUCAAUCAAGUUGGUGGAAAAUGGGGAGCAAGAAGGCUUGAGAGACCAGUCGAUUGUAAACAAGGAACCACAUCGGGACACGGGGCUUACCAAUGGCUUCCACUCCCCUAAGACUGUGAGGUCUGUGCUGAGGUCAGAGCAUCUGGAGAACGGGGACUCGAGACACUGCUCCUCUGCACCAGUGAAGGCCAUCUCUGUUGGACUGUCCCCUGCCCCCUUUGUCAGCUCCGGCCUUGUACACUCUACCUCAGCAGCACACAGUUAUCUGUGCCCAUAGCUCUUAUGUGCAGGGCAUCAGCCCUUACACAAACAUUGAAACAGCUUCUUUUAAAAUUACAAAUUCACCCAGCAACAGGAUUCUUCAAGGAUUAUCUUUAUUGGAUUUAUUUCUCUCCCUUGCAAAGUUUUUAUAAAUUCUUUGACUCCACUGUUUCAUACUUGUGUACAGACAGUAUACACAUACAGAAUAUUUUUUAGUGGUAGAGUCCUGUAAAUAUGCUUUCUCUAGCAUCACCACCAUGCUUUUGUCUGGGUCGAUGUAAUUAACUGGAUGGAAGUGGACUGAAGGAGGGUAUUCCCACUACUGUGUCUCUUUUCCACUCAGUAAUGAGAGAAAAGCAAGGAACACUCCCCGAGUUAGUGAGUGAGUCAGUGAGUGAGCACUUGGUCAGGCUUUAAACAAGGAUGAGAGAAGUGGAAACUCAACAGGUCUCCCUGGGCUUCGUCAUGUGGAUGCCGCAUUACAGUGGCACUGUGGAAUAAGCCUUCACGAGUACCUGCACACUCUGAGAGUGCAGAGCACCCGUGUCUCUCCUCAGCCUCCUGUCGUCUCAGGGUCCACGCACAGACACACAAGUACACAGAAUUACACACAGGAAACAAAUCCUGAUUACACAGGAUCUCACAGAGUCCAAUGGGUCACACAUUUGUACACAUGUCUCCUAAAUUGAAGUGUGGGGGUCUCAGGUGCCUACGUAUUCUUAGUGCGUUUAAAGAGUCUGUAUAUUUCUAUAGAUUAUUGUAUUCAGAACAAGUAAAAAAAAAAAAAAUGUCAACGUGUUAGAGUAAAGUAAAAGUAAAAUGUUGAGUAUACAGAUUCGGUACACAUGAAGUAUUCCUUUCCAAAACUGUACAUAUCCAGGUGGUGUGACUUUGUAAACCAGGGACCCUCAGUUAAAAAGUGAAGUGGCAUUUUUAGGUUUUAAAGAUGGUGGACCUCUCAUAUUGGAAUCAGUAUUGACCUGUUUUUGUUAAUACUAGUGUAAUUAUGUAGGUGGGAGAACUGGAGAUGUUAAAUAUACACCUCUGUCUGGUUUUGGCUCCCAGUGAAGGAUACACCUGAUGUCCAUCGUGGCAACAACAUACUGGGCCAUUUUUUGGAGCCGAUUUCGUACGUUUCCAGCUUGAUGUAAUAGUUCAAUGUGAAGUGCUUGCCAUGAUUUUUUCAGGGGAAAUAAUACAAGGUUUUUGUCCAUUUUCAGUGGAAAUUUUAAUUUCAUUCUACUCGUCUGAUUGAUCUGGAGGGGACAUUUUCCACCAUAGUCUAAUCUGACAUAAUACAAAGUAAUUUUAUGUGGAAAAAAACGUUGAUUUAUUAUUAUUUUUUUACUCUCACCAUUUUCAUACCUCUGUGGUAUUCCUUAUGUAAUCAGGUUGCUUUUCCUAAUUAACCAAUUUAUGAGGAUGCAUUGCUACGAUGGGUAACUGGUGCAUCCCCAAUCCUUAUCAACAGCACUACCUCAUUUCUUUUCAGGAUGCUUUCCGGUGUGUGUAUCUUACUAGCACCUUUUAAAUUAAUUUGUCUGAUUUGACAACUUUUGUCCGUUGCAGAAAUAAUUGUCCUACACUGCCUGUAUGUUUUUAUGUUUGUACAACAGAAAAUCGUGUCACAUUUAUGCAUUGCAGCCUCUUAAAGAUCCUUAAAGGUUGCUUCAAUAAUCCCCUAAACAGGUCCAUCACAGUCACAGUUCCAGUCACACUGACACCAAAUAUAGACAAGGAAAUCAAUAGCUCCUUUAAUUUGCCACUUGUGCCACUUGUAUGGCUUGUGCAUUUAUGGGUGAUCCAUGGAAUAUAUAGUAUAUAAAGUUAAAAAAAAAAAAAAGAAUCUGCUUUACCAAAUUGCACUUGGUUUUAAUGCUUCUUAGACUUUAGCAAGAAGAAAAUAAAUUGAAAUGGUUGGCUGUGUGUUAGGGGUCCCUUAGAACUUUGAGCCAAUCCUUUUGUAACCUAACUUUACCGAUUCCCCGCUAGGGUUUGGAGAUCACAUCCAAUAAUCCGAGCUGCAGUAUGCACCACUUUGUCCAGCUGUCUUCUCUCUUCGGCGGCAACAGUCUGUCAAGAAAUAGUAUGCAGGCACAAUGAAACUGCCUGAGUCAUUACUUCAACUGUCAGCUCCAUAUUCAAAGUAAUAAGGCUGAAUAUAUAAUAUGGACAGAUAGCGGCUGAGAGUCAGCUGUCACUGUGGCUGGAUACAUUUAUACAAUCAUGUGGAUGAAAGAUGCAAAUUCCAAGAAUUUAGAAUGGUCUGUAUUGGAUCGGUUUCUCCAGACCAGAAUAAUCAGUUAUAGACAUUAUCAUACCAGGUAAACAAUGCCCAUGGGAUCUUCACCAAAAGGCCUGUUCUUCUCCAUUCUUUCCAUUUUCUUGGUUUAAAGAUCAUCAUUUUUGUAUACAUCGGAAUAAAUCAAUUUUUUAAUAUUUGAUUGAACAUCACGCACAUUCUAAAGGAAUAUUCAAACAAAGAAAUGUAACAGCAGGAGAAAAAUAUUGCCAUUAUCUAAAAUCUCCAAAAAUCUCUAAAAUCUUGGCCAUGUAAGUAUAGUCACUAUGUAUCUGCCUAAUUCAUGUCAACAAACUUCAUAUCAUCUCCCUCAGGUGGCACACGUGUUCAAAUUACAGUGGCUUCAAAAAAAAAGUAUUGUUGUGACAACUGAUUUGUCUUGACAUGGGUAAAGUAUAUUAUAUUAUAAAGUCUAUAGGAUGUGUAUCGACGCCAUCAUUUAUUUUCCCUUGUGGUGGAAAGAAAAAGGCGAGCGUUACAUCAGCAAGACUGCAAACUUGUUACAAUAACCACAAGAACAUCCUUUUAAAAACCACCAUCCAAGCGGAGAAUUUAGCCCAGCCCUGCUGUGCUUGAUGUCUCGUCUCCUCUCAGGUGGUUUAACUCUGGUCUUUCAUCAUCUCUCCUGUCCUGCCUAUGUUUCUACUCAUGUCCACAGAACUGUAAAAAUCAUCAGCAUCAGCAUCAGCAACUGAAAUGUACCUGGUUCCUUGACACAUGUAUGAAACAUAUUCAUAUUGUGUGUGUGCUCUAGACCUUGUAUUGCUCUUGAAUUUCUUAAUGAAAACGCAUGGUUAGUGGUCUUGUUUUUUUAGGCUCUGCCAUGUACAGUAUAUACAGUCAACAUCCUGUUUUUCUUUUACUGCAGUAGCAAUUAUAGGGACAGAAGUGAAUGUGCUGUUACCUGGGUCCAACAUUAAUUGUAAGCUCAUUGAAGGGAAAAUCCUGAACUGUCACACUUAUUAUAUGUUAGUUAAAAUACGCUCUUAUUGGACUAUGGGCGUUCAAAACACACACUGUGCUGUGUUGAAUACAGCCGGCUCGUGUGGGAGGCAAAAUACUCCUACGCCACACAAGUCACCAAUCUAAAGUGACGGGCAUGUUUCAAUCAUUUCAUCCAACAUCAUUGAUUGAAAUGAUAUGAUUUCCAUCACUGUCUAAGUGAGACACCUGUUGUGAUAUCAUUGAUUGUGGCUACUGUGUAACUGUUUAGGGAGCAGCACAGCUUUCUGCCUUGUGGUUUGAUAAUGUAACCACCAAACUUAGUUUUUCGACCCAGGUUCUGUAUUGUUAUAGAAAAGUGUUUGCCAUCGUCUGGAUCGUCUGAGUCCAGAAAGAAGCAUUCUAUUCUCUAGUCUGAAGCAUUCCAGUUUAAUAUCUUGAACAUACCUCUCUCCGUCAGCUCAAACUCAGGCUGCGUUGUCACCGCUCUGACAGGCUUCAUCCCCACACGUUCAGUUUAGAUGCUACGUUUACUCGUAGAGCAGCCGAUACCUGAACCCGAGCUGCAGUGUUUGCCUAACUGCUUGGACUAUGAACAAGUAAAUAGCGAUCAGUAAAGUAUCAGUGAAGACCGGUGUUUUGAGUCAUAGGCUUUUUAACAUGUGAUUUUUGUGAAACUGUCUCAUGCCCAUAAAAAUCUGAUUUUUUUUUACGUAUAUUUCUCAUUAAAUACCAAAACCAACAUAACAGUUGUUCGCCCUUUCAACUUUUGUGUAAAAGCCUCUGUUGUCACUGCAAACAUACCCCAGGCAUUUGGCCGUUAGGUAGACCAACACAAAGUAUAUAUUAUUUUGUUCCUCUGCCCACUGAAGGGCCCAGAUUUGUUCUUAAUGGACAUUAACACAUUUGGAAUCGGUUGAUGUGUGCCAGUGGGAUGCAGUUUCAGGUGACAAACAGACAAUACUACAUCUGUGAUGUAGUUUUUAUUUGUUUGUUUGUUUUUGACUUUAGCUGCUAUACAUUUCUCUUAGUAGCAUACAACAUUUAAAGUUAGCAGUUUGAAUCAGGGGUUUGUGCUUUGGCUGUUCUGGAAGUCUUGAUGCAAUAGUGGGAUAUUAUGGCAUGUGGAGCUGAAAUGGGAGAUACUGCCUGGAUAUACUGUAGUUUAGCAUAUGAGGAUGAAACUUCUCCUUACAGGAACUUGUUUUUCUCCUUUAACCACAGUUUAAUGUAACCGUUUCCCCUUUUGGUUUGUUUUUGUUAGUCAUGCAUACUCUCAUUUCAAAUAGUAGACCAGUGCUUCAGUAAUUAUGCUACAGUUUCAUUAAAACACGAUACUCUUCUUUUUUUUUGAUCGAUUUCUUGAUACUGCACAUUUUAGAAGAUGUGUACUUGUAAUUAGCCUGUUGUUUAGUUUAGCCAAGUCAUUUACAAAAAACAGUGCAGACUUCUUCUUUUUUCCUCUUUUUUACCUCAGUGUGAGUUUUUACUCUUUAUAGUCUGGGUGGUUUCUUUUAAGUGAAGCAGGGUUUUAAAAAAAAAAAAAAACAUGAAUAAACAAGAGGAUGGGGUCAGUGAAAUUAAUAAAAACUGACUUUUAUUGUGCUAUUUUGCAAUAGUGCAGUACAAAUCAGAUAAAAUAAAGAACGUGUUGGGAAGAAUAGCCUAAAACUCAGUCUUUGGUACAAAACCACUUCCAUACAUGCAAGUAAGUAUUAAACAGGGAGAAGGGCUGUAGCAAAAUCCUUCCCAGACAGGUCUUACCUCUCAGUGCAGACAGUCAUUUAGAAAUAAUUGUCACAUCUCUACUCAGGUCCCACAUCUUUGCAUACAUUUGUGGAGGAUCGUGCCAGCAUAUCUUUCUCAGAUACAUGUCAUUUGUUGUCAAACAUUAUAUCCUAAUUGUGUCCUUUUGUAAAGUAAAUCAAGGAAACCCUGAUGCACAGGUGAUUUUUUUUUGUUCUGUUUUGUACAAAUCACAAAUGUAUGUAUGUACUGUAUCACUCAAUCUUUCUGGCUCUUCUCUGUACAUUCUGGUGCUUUGUGGUGAGCUGCUUUGUCCGGUGACGUCACACUGUUGUGCAUUUUCUGUACGUCUCUUUCUCUAGUUUUGUGUGCACCAGCUCAGUCGUGCUCGGAAUGUGUAAGCACAGGCUCAGACUCUGGGGGGGUCAUGUGCCACCAGUGAUGUGGUCUGCAACUACUCAGAUACCUAUGUAAUCAAUGUGUGCCAAACAACACCUCAUUCAUGUCAGACACUACUGUAGGAGCAAGUGACUCUGUGGGCCAUGAUCAACUUUGGACUGUCAUCUUUACACUUAGAGAAGUGCCAUUUCCUUUCUCUUCACAGGAUAGGUAGUACUUGCGGUUUGUAGAAGUAUUUCGUCAGUUUUGCCGUAUGUGAACAUGUCAAAACUCACAGCAACUUUCAGAACGUCUGUGGAAACUACACUUCUGUAAAUAAACAUCAAAGAAAAGUAAAAGUCUGA